UUUUUAUAGCACGGAGCGGUUUUCCUCCGAUGUAAACGGUCCCUUAACCAGUUGGGGCAAUAUUGGCAGAGGAGAAGAAGACACUGGAGUUGUAGCCGUUGGUGCCAGUUGCACGACCGAGCAUGCAGUGAAUCUGUAGUUUUUCUUUGUAUUUGCAAUAUGAAGAAUGGAAGAAGACGAUGUCACUAUCAGAGAGCAGAAUUUCCACAGCCAAGUUCGAGAGUACAUCAUUUGCUUCCUCCUGUUCGCGGUCCUCUACAUUGUGUCCUACUUCAUCAUCACUAGAUACAAGAGGAAGAGCGAUGACCACGAGGAUGAAGAUGCUGUUGUCAAUAGAAUAUCAUUUUACUUGUGCACCUUCACCCUGGCAGUGUCGGGUGGUGCCGUCUUCCUACUGCCUUUCUCAAUCAUUAGUAACGAGAUCCUCCUCUCCUUCCCCAAAAACUAUUACAUUCAGUGGCUCAAUGGCUCCCUCAUUCACGGACUGUGGAACCUGGUGUCACUGUUCUCCAACCUUUGCCUCUUUGUCCUGAUGCCCUUUGCCUAUUUCUUCCUGGAGUCUGAGGGAUUCGCAGGAUCUAAAAAGGGCAUUAAGGCGCGUAUACUCGAGACCUUUGUGAUGCUCUUCCUGCUGGCUUUGCUCAUCCUGGGCAUCGUGUGGGUGGCGUCAGCGCUCAUUGACAAUGAUCCAGCCUGUAUGGAGUCACUCUACGAUCUUUGGGAAUUUUACCUACCAUACCUCUACUCCUGUAUAUCUCUGAUGGGAGGACUGCUUUUACUCAUGUGCACUCCUGUGGGAUUGUCCAGGAUGUUCACCAUCAUGGGCCAGUUACUAGUGAAGCCAACAAUCCUGGAGGACCUGGAUGAGCAGAUUUACUGCAUCCAUUUGCAGGAGGAAGCCCUUCAGAGGAGAUUAAAUGCAGGACCGUCCUCACACAUGUAUACGCGAGAAAGGGUUACUCUGCAGCUCAACAAAGAACUGGACAAUAUUAGAAAUCAGAGGAAUAAAUUGGAGAGAAGAAAGAAAGCAUCGGGUUGGGAGAAGAACUUGUUGUAUCCCAUAGUGAUGCUGAUCCUGCUCGCAGGCACGACAAUCUCAGUGCUUAUGGUGGCAUUUAAUAUCCUCUACCUUCUGGUGGAUGAGACUGCCAUGCCCAAAGGAUCCACGGACCGAGGCAUUGGGAACACUUCUCUGUCCACAUUUGGCUUGGCUCAGGCGGUGCUGGAGAUCAUCCUCAUGUUCUACUUGAUGGUGUCCUCUGUCGUUGGCUUCUACAGCCUGAGAGUCUUUGAGGGACUCACUCCCAGGAACGAUGACACAACCAUGACAACGAUCAUCGGUUGCUGCGUCUCCAUUUUGGUCCUGAGUUCAGCCCUGCCAGUGAUGUCCAGAACUCUAGGUAUCACCAGGUUUGAUCUCCUGGGAGACUUCGGGAGAUUUAAUUGGCUGGGGAACUUUUACAUUGUCCUUUCAUACAACUUGCUGUUUGCGGUUGUGACAACACUCUGUCUUGUGAGGAAAUUCACCUCAGCAGUACGGGAAGAGCUUCUCAAGGCCUUAGGUCUGGAUAAAUUGCAACUGUCAAACAGCCCCACGGACCCUGAAUCUGGAAAGCUCUCGGCCAACGGGCAUCAGAAAACUCUGUGAAAGGGACGAUAGAUCAACACACAUAUACACCUUAGCACAGCCAAAGGGAGAUUUUGACAGUACUGCCUGGCUACUGAAAGGUAAAAGGGAUUGGAAGGAACUUGGUAAUACCCAGGCAAUGUCUGACGGAUGCUGCAAUUGGAGGCUGAGAGCAAUUUAGCUUUGUGACAUUCCAUCCUCUGCGUCUCGGGUGGAAGCUGGGACAGAGCCAGGGAUGAGACUGAGGAGUGAAAUAGACUGGCAUCACUGCAGUGACCUUGAUGGUGACCUCAACCGCAACUGUGACUUUAAACCACCCAUCUCUUGCUUCAGCACCCCCCCCCCCCCCCCCCCCAAGCAUUGUUACCUGUUUUUCUUCUACAACCUCCUCCCCACUGCACUAAAGUAAAGCAGGUCAAACAAAGUAUUUUAUCUACAUCACCAUGCUCCUCCUCUGUCCUCAGUAUAGUAAAUAGACCCCCGCGAUCCAAUUAGAGUAAUUUUUCAGUCAGUAUGUACAUGGCGUCGGUGAUACAUGGAGCAUUUGCAGUUGAUGGUCUCUAAUCUUUGGUCUUUUGUUGUUAUGUGAACUGAUGCAGGCAAGAUAAGGUGUCAAUUUGUCUUUGUUUUGUUUUGUUUAAUCUUACAAUGUGAAAAUGUGGAGCAUGAAAGAAGUCAGUUAUUCACUCAUCACCUCCGAUGCAUAAAACUGCACGGCAUCAAUACAAUCCACAUUAUAUGCAUUGGCACCGUCAUUAUUGAUGGGCCUCAUUCGUCUUUUUUAUUUGGCUUUACUGAAGUGCGCUUUAACUUUAUUGAUGAUGUCAUUCGUUGGUAUGAAGUAGGGUAAGAACUUAUUUUAGGUGCUCUAGAUUAGACUCGAGCUACUCUACAAAUAGGAAACUAUGGGAGUUGCAUCGACUUCAGUUCCAAAGAGCAGAAUGCUUUAGUUUAUUAGAGCUGAGCCUGUGGUUGUAUUUCCUAGAAUUUAAUUUUUUGCCUAUGUAAAAAAAACAUCAUCACAUUUUUGCUCUUCCCCCCCCCCCCCCCCCCCCUAAACACAAUAUUUUAAAUUCACAGGGCACAGAAAACAUUUGUCAAAUAGUUUGUCAUUUUUGUAAAAGUUGUAUUUACUUGUACAUAUUAUAUUGUGUUUCAUACUUCUUUUGCAUUAUUUGGAUGUAAAUAUUAGGCUCCCGUUGAGCCCACUGAGGGUCUGACUCACUCAGCAAUCUGUAUUUUGUUGUACAUAUUUUUUUAUAAACACCUAAAUCUAAUGCAAACCUGCAACAGUCUUCACAUACAGAAUGCAUGAGUGAGAAUGUGCAACUCUGCGGCCGGUAGAGCGACUUGGUGACUCAGGCCUAAUUGACACGUCGUUUAUUGCUGCAAACUCUUCUGAACUGUGACGUUCUUUGUCUCCAGUACCACCUUGAAUGCCUUAUACGACGAGCAUCUCGCAGGCUUCGUGUUAAGGUUGUUUCUUGUUCCGUGUUGUUUGUUAAUGUACGCGUACUUGUGUGUACAAGUACACGGUUUGUCUCGCAGACAGUUCCACUGUGAUCCCCCGUACGCCACCAAGACUCUAGUCUCAAGCCAGCUAGAUAUAAUGUACACAUCGCUUUUCGUCUUGAAUGUUUUCACAGUCGCUCUUAUGAAGUGAGAAGCUUAAUUUUGAGACUCAUUUGUUGCCCGUAAGGCUAGAAUAGGGUUGAGUGAUCCAAGGAUGUUAUCUCUAUGGCGUUAUAGAUGUCAUGUGUUUUCAUGGUGACUAAAAGUGACACGGCGAUGACAAAAGAAAAGGAAUUAAGAGAAAUGUCCAUUUAUAUAUGCAUUUGAAACGUUUGUUUCCGAGGACAGGGAAUGUUCUACAUCACAGCUGUCUACCAUUGGUUGUUCCUGUAUUACAAAGUCUGGAUUUAAAGAAAAUGUUGCAACUCUGUUAUGAAACUCACGGUGAAGCCGCCUCCUCCAAUAAGCAAAUUGAACUGAGAAUGUUUUGUAAAGGGGGACCUGUACAGCUUUGACCAUCCCGAAACCAAAGCAAGACUGUUUCUGAUUUUGAAUAUCAUUUCAAAAACGGUUUUACCAAAAGUCUUAAAUGGGCAAAAACAUUUGGUAGAUUUUCUAGUAUGUUGUGUGCGCCAUUUCAUUGGAUACUGUGAAUCAUCAACAUGAGCCAAAGUGACAUGGCGAAGCAAAACGGAUGAUACUAUAAAUUAGCAAAAUAUCAUUUCAAAUGUUGGAUGAAUUUAAAAAAAUAAAUUAAAAAAAGUUAAAAUAUAUGUAUGACUUGAUCUGGAUGGGCUGCAUUAACUACAUGGAUGAGUUCAAUCGUGGUUGUGCAUCCAUCCACUCAGCUGCAGACUUUGGUAACAGUGACGUGUCGCUGCCCUCAGAAUGUUGCAUAAAGAACUGGGAGACAUUUUCUUUUUUGGUUGCCUUUACAGUUCAUCUUUGUUGUUGAGAGUUGGCCUGUAAGUGAAACAGCUUUUUUUUGUCUGUCAGUUGGUCGCUGCACGUCAUUUUUGGUACACGUUUUGUGAAUGUAUUCUUUUUUUUUUUUUUUACAAUUUCUCAGUUUGCUAAAUGUAUGUUUGGUCAUUUUUUUGAUGUUUGUGUGUUUGCAAAUAAAACGUAG